GAAGAUGAUAUCAGUGCCUGUUUUUGGCUCGCUCACAAAAUUCCAGACUCUCUCUCUCUCUCUCUCUCUCGAAUUCAGAAAAAUCCGUUUUUUUAACUCUUUUGGAAUUUCCUAUAAUUUCCACGGGCUCUCUCGUAAAGAAAUUACUGCAGUUCUAAUUCAGAAGUUUGGAUUAGGGUUAGGGUUUUGUUUUGGGUUUCUGGAUCUUCUCUGCAAUGGCUCAAGCUGUUGAAGAAUGGUACAAACAGAUGCCGAUAAUCACGCGGUCCUACCUCACCGCUGCCAUCGUCACCACCGUCGGAUGCUCCCUCGAGAUAAUCUCUCCAUAUCAUCUGUACCUGAAUCCCACGCUCGUGGUUCGCCAAUAUGAGUUUUGGCGCCUCAUCACGAAUUUCUUAUACUUCCGCAAAAUGGACCUGGACUUCCUAUUCCACAUGUUUUUCCUUGCGCGAUACUGCAAGCUACUGGAAGAGAACUCGUUCAGGGGACGGACAGCGGAUUUCUUUUACAUGUUGUUAUUUGGUGCUACAGUUUUAACUGGGAUUGUUCUUGUUGGUGUGAUGAUACCAUAUGUGUCAGAGUCUUUCGCGAAAAUUUUCUUCCUCAGCAAUUCUUUGACGUUCAUGAUGGUGUAUGUCUGGAGCAAACAGAAUCCUUUUAUUCAUAUGAGUUUCUUGGGCCUCUUUACUUUCACAGCAGCUUAUUUACCAUGGGUUCUUUUGGGAUUCUCAAUACUCGUAGGUACUAGUGCUUGGGUUGAUCUUCUGGGUAUGAUAGCGGGCCACGCAUAUUAUUUCCUGGAAGAUGUCUAUCCACGGAUGUCGGGCCGUCGUCCACUGAAGACCCCUUCAUUUAUCAAAUCACUGUUUGCAGAUGAUACUGUGGUGGUGGCACGCCCAGCAGAUGUGAGAUUCGCUCCUCCGCCAGCACAGGAACCUCAUCAAGAUUGACGUUCAUGGGGAGUAGGAUUUGUGGGGUACCAUUCACUUGUAAACAGACACCAAGGCACACAGGCACUUAAGCUGAGGUAUCAAUCACCCGCUCUCUCACUCGGGUGAGCAACUAGAUAUUUUUAUACUGCUCUUUCUGGCUUAUCCCAUAUGAAUAAUUCUUACUAGCAUUUGUAUCUCUCUCCUCUUAUAGAUUUGAGUAGUUGGAUUUGAAUCUGGAUAGUCUUGAGUAAAUGGUUUGUCCUGUCCUUGUACAAACUCGCCUCAUAAUCAAUGUGUAUAUUGAAGGUGAGUGAUUUUCCUUGCU